GGCUUAUCGAAAGCUUGCUCUAAAGUAUCAUCCCGAUGUCAACAAAGAGGCAUUAUUAUUUGCUAUAAUGGGCAUGGUUUUGAGAUCUGCGCUUAUGUACAAUUUAGGCGAUCUGCGCUCAUGUGCAAGGCCAACGCUCAGCAGAAAUUUAUGAGGAUAAAGCACGCAUACAAUACAUUGCUAAAAUCUGACUCCCAGAAGAAAUAUGGUUCGGGAAAUCAAACAUCUGACUACUCCUAUUCUGCAGCUGGAGCAGACAGGCGCAGUAAAGAUGAGGACGACUUUUAUGGAUUAGGUAAUUUUUUGAGGGAUGUACAAAUAACAAUAGGGGACUUCUUUAAGGAUCUUCAAGAAGAAUUUCAGAAUUGGGAAGCAAGUGCCAGUUCACAAGCAAAGCCGAAGAGCCUAUGGGAAGAAUUAGCUGAUAUUGGAGAAGAAUUUGUGGAGUUCCUGGAGAAAGAACUAAACAUCAGUGAUGCAGAUAGUGAAGAAACAAAAUAUGAGAACCCUAAAAAAGGCAAUGCAAGUGCAACUUAUGAAACAAAAGAAACUGGAAAGGAAAGUGCUAGGGGAAGCAGCAUUGAAGAUAAUUUAGACGAUAUUGAAGCUGCCCUGACUCAGUUGAAAAAGGAGUUGGGCUUAUAGAGGGAAAAUGUUGCCUCUGAAUGGCAAGUGACAUAGCUAAUAUAUUGAUCUCAGCUGUCUAUAUUGAGGAGCAAAACAAAAGUCAUCACCUCUCCUUUUAAAUUACAUGUAUUGUUUUCCAGGUCUUUUUAGAUAUACAUAGACAACUAUUUGACUA